AAAUGCGCAAUAGUGGGGCACGCUCAGUUUGGUGUGGACCAAUCAGGAGCGUCCCAUGGAAGGAACCAAUUAGGAGUGUCCCUGGGUCCCGAGGUUCGGGACCGCUUAAGGUCGGGGGCGCGGGACAGUGUCCCGCGCCCGGCGUCCCGAGACCGCAAGUCUCGGGACCACGGGCCAGUGGGACCAUUGUUAUUGGUUACACAGUUAGAUAUAUACGAUGACCGU